AUGGGUUGCGCGCGCACGCCGGUUGCUAUGGCAACCAAGGACGGGGGCUACAUGAGACGUGGCCGGGACGUAGCCCCAGAGGUGCAAGCGUUCACACUGGCGGAUCCCGAGUUGCGAGAGCUGCUGCUGCCGGCACAUGACCCGGCGGACAGCGGCAUCGACAGCGACGCCACGGACAGCGAGCGACGCGGCCGGCGCCAAGCAAGGCAGAACGAGGACAGUGUCGACGAAGAAAGCGAUGUCACCGUCGAGAUCGAAAUGCCCGUUCCGUAUUGUGCACAACACCCUAACCGGUCCUUUGCGGAGCGCUCCGUGCGCGUUUCGCCGUCACUCUUCGAAAUCGAGCUCACCGCUUCCGAUGAAGACGACGUUUCGGUACUCGAACUUAUAAUACCAUAUCAACAGCCACGGUACCAAAAGCUGCCCACGUCAUCUCCCUUAAAAACUAAGGUCAGAGCUCCAAGGUAUCUCUGGGGGUUUCUAUGCUGUUUUCGUAAGUAGGAACAGUCAUGGGCCAAAUAUCUGAUUAACCCUUUAACCGCCAGAGUCUGAUAUAUAAGACAUUACAUAUCCAGCUCAUUCCGCCACAGUCUGAUAAAUAAGACAAAGAUCUGAUUUGGUUUUUACAUCACAUUUAUAACUCCCGUAACUAUGCCAACCUUACUCUGCGUGGUACUAUUACUGUCGGUGGCGACGUGAGCACGCUCGAUAAAAAAUUGCUGGCGGUUAAAAGGUUAAUACGUGAAUUACCUACUUAUUCGAAUGUUGUUUCAUGGAUAUAGUUUUAAGCCCACAGUGUUAUUACAAUACAGAUUAAAAAUACAACAGUUAACUAUGUAGUUACGCAUAAAGAUAAUCUUUGGUAAUGUAUUUUGUCCACUAGAAGUAGAAUCUCAUUUUACCGUAAAUGUUCGUGAGGCAGAUUGCCGAGAUAGCAGAUAGCCGUGGCUCAUUAGUCAUUAACUACGUGCUCAUAACUUCAAUUGUAGUACCUAAGCACUGUACGUAACUGUAACGGCACAAUAAAUUUGUACGUAAGUAGGUACUUUACCUUAAGUUAAACUGUCAAUAUGUUCACUUCAUAGGUAUCUGUUAUGGAGGAUAAAGCGUAUUGAAACAAUAGGUACAAUGAUAAUGAAAGGACAGUGCUGGUAUACAACAAGUUUGAUUUAUUAUUUUAUUUUACUUACAAAAUCCUAAUGCUCUAUGUUUUAUGGGUGACGAUAUUUACUUGGUCUGUGCUCCAGGCCCAAGUUGGAUAGUUUCAGAUUUGUGUUUCAUUUGGUUCGUAAUUUCUUGUCAUUUUUUAAACGGGAGAUGCAGGUAGGUUUAGAAACAGGCUUUUAAUCAACUUAACGUUUCUCCUGGUUGUUUUUCCGUCUGUCUGCCUAACUAAAUGCAUACAAUACAUACCUAUACAAAUAUUUGAAUGAUUACAACAUUUAUAAUUUUUGAAAUAAGUUGAGUGGUAUGUUGGUCCAGUUAGUUUUUGGUUCAACACAAUAAACCAAAAUUUACCUACCUACUAUAAUUAUCAAAUAUGAUCAAUAUCAAGACAAAUAUCAGCAAGCGAGGGGAAAGGGCGAGGGUUUCUAGAAACGAGAGGUGAAUGAACUUUGCUAUUGAGUGCAACGCAAAUUUUUUAUCUAAGUAACUACCGCAAGGGAAAGUAUUACUUACUUACAGGUAUUACCAUUAAAAUAUCACAAAUGUAAUCUUAAUUAAUGCUAUGGAUUUUUUAUUAUAUUGUAACUGUUAUAAGUAAGAGUUAAUUUUUAAAUAAGUAUUAUUUAUUUGUUUAAGAAGACAUCAUAGAGUGAAAUUUUUAUCACGAGCCGUACUCCGCGUAAUAGUGACUUCAAAGGUCAUGCUGAAUAAAGUUUAUAAUAGGCUACAUUCCUACUAGUCAAAUCAGCUUCUUUUUUAGAACUGUCAAAACAAUUUGCUAAUAUGGAAUUUAUAUGAAAACGAAUGUAGUGACGUCACAGUCAACUCGCCUACUUUUUAUAUUUCAAUCCGAUUUAUUAAAUAGAAAUAGUGCUUAAAAAUAACUACUGUCUAUGUUUUUCUAAUUAUUAUCUGGUGCUUUAUUCCGUGCACGGUGUGAAAUAAUUUAUUUUAAGUAGAGGAAACAUCCCUAUAGGACAAAUGCCGACGACGCUAUAACGACGCUCCAAUACUAAAGCGAUGCUACGCGACGUUAACGCACCCGCCAUGAGGUACAGUCGCCAUCAGAUAUUGGCCCGGUGCGGCCAGGGUGCUCAUAAAUAUCUGAGCACGCCUCUAUUGUCAGGGCGUUAGAGCGCGUGAUCAGAUAUUGUGAACACCUUGGCCGCUCCGAUAUAUCUGAUGGCGACUGUACCUUUACUCGUGGAACCACUAAACCAAUAUUGGUUGUUUUAUACAUUCCGGCUGAUGUGAUACCGCUGAUUAUUACGAGUUAUGGGAGAGCCAAUUUUUUUUCGCGAUUUCGACAUCAUAAAAGUUGUUCUAUAUGACCCAUAAAGACACUACGCAGAGUAUGGCUUGUGAUAAAAAUUUCACCUUCUACAGUUCGUUUUUUUAGCAUUAGAAAUAAGGUAAACAAUCUUGAUGUGUCUUUUAAUUGAAAAACACAUUUUAAAAAUAAGUUAUGGCGAAUAUAUAUGUAACAAUUAUGAAUCUAAUACAAUCAUUUAUAUUCUUCUGCUUUCAUAAGUAAUAGUUUUUGAUUUUAAAAAAGCGUUUUUCAAUUAAAAGGUAUGUCUAGAUCGCUUACCUUCUUGCAAGUUCUUUCUAAUGCUAAAAAAACGAACUAUAUGUAAAUAUAAUAUAUAAUUCUAUAAAUUAUAUUCUGGAGCAUAGGUAAAGCCUAGGAGGAGGUAGGUAGGACCUUACUAUAGUAGACGCAAACCAAACUGACUACUGUGGUCGUAAAACUUGUCAUUCACACUCGUGUGGUCGUAGGUAGGGUGAGAGAGAUAGUGAUAUGGCUCCAGUCGUCAGUUUGGUUUGCGUCUACUAUACAAGUUCAUCAAUAGGGUAGUGAUGCCACUUAUCUGCAAUUGAAUAGCAGAAUCUUCCUUAAAAUGUUGGGGUUGUUAAUUAUUUUAGCCGUUUUUACUAUAUUGUGAUUAUGUAUGUAUUUAAGCAAGAAUUAAGUUAUGUCAAUUUUAUAUGAAUGAAACUUGUACCUACACAUUCUUGUCAAUUAUGGUAAAAAAAAUAUUUCGAAAUCUUAUAGGUUUUAUAAUGUGCUGCCUAGAUAAAAACUGUGAGUUUUUACAAUUAUAUAAUAAUUAAUUAAAAUUUGGGAAAGAUACAAUAAUAUCUCGACAUACAUAAUUAUAAAUUAUAUAUUUUCAAACUUUGGUACUUGAUACGUGUUAUGAAGACUGAUUUUAAAAUGUUAUAUUUAUUACCUUCAACUGUCUUUUUUAACCGAAUAUUUUUAAAUAAACCUCGUUAAAAAUAAGCAUAGAGAUAGGGACCCGUUUCUAGCUUGUAACUUGUAAUACAAGGGGAAGUCCCUUUCUAACAUAAGCUGUCAAAAAGAGACAUCCGCUUGUAUUACAAGUUACAAGGUUUCGAGAAACGAGUCCUUGCACUCCAGUUAUACUUAGGUAUUACUAAACUAUAGUUGAAAUGUAUGACAUUUACUCUUAGUGCUUUGGGCGGCCAUAAUAGUACGGAUUUCGAGAUACAUCAAACUCAAGCAAUCUCUGUACCGACUUUUAUAGAACGAAGUGUGGAGGGGUGGAGUGCGAGUCGGACUCGCCCAUGAAGGGUUCCGUAACAGCAAGUAACAUAAUAAAAUUGCGGUUUACGGUUUAUGACGUAUUAAAAAAAACUACUUACCAAAUCUUGUUCAAACCAAUUUUCGGUGGAAGUUUGCAUGGUAAUGUACAUAUUUUUUUUAGUUUUAUCAUACUGUUAUUUUAGAAGUUACAGGGGGGGGGGGACACAUUUUACCACUUUGGUAAUAGUGUCUCAUGCGCAAACUAUUCAGUUAAGAAGAAAAUUAUAUUAGAAACCUCAAUAUCAUUUUUGAAGACAUAUCCCCCACACUUAUGGGUUUGAUGAAAAAAAAAAUCAGUUACAGUUCUAUGUAUGGGGAACCCUAAAAAUUGAUUGUUUUUUUCUAUUUUUGUAUGAAAAUCUUAAUGCAGUUCACAGAAAACAUCUACUUACCAAGUUUCAACAGUAUAGUGCUUAUAGUUUCGGAAAAAAGUGGCUGUGACAUACGGACGGGCACACAGACAGACAGACAGAUAUGACGAAUCUAUAAGGGUUCCGUUUUUUGCCAUUUGGCUAUGGAACCCUAAAAAGGUACCGAUUAGUUUAAACAUCUUAUUUACUAGCGCUUAAGUUCAUUUAAAAGUAUGUAGUGCAAUCUGCGCACGAGAUCUGAGGAUUUAAUCAUAGUCAUUAGACCAACCGGGCUAGAAUAAAAUGGAAUAUCAGUCAAGAACUCGUAGAGAUGAGAGAGUGAGAAAGAAAGAUAGAGUAAAAUUACGAAUGUAAAUUUAAAUUGUUAAAGAUGGGUCAUCUAUUUACCCACCUGUAAAUGUGUCAAAAAGUAAUUUAUUUGUGUACUGGAAAUAUUUCUGAAUGUUGUUCAAUUGUAUAAUUUUAUGUGAAAAAAUGUUAACUAGAAUCUAUUGGCAACAAUAAAAUAUAUUCAGAAUA